AGGUCUUGUCUGUUAAGGGGGUAGAGUCUAAGUGGUGAGGGGUGGAACCGUUGCCCGGUUGUGCACCUGACACCAUGGUUGACACACGUGGUGGGAAGAGUACUACCCCUUACACCCAGGCUCAGGAGGAGCAAUUUGCCACCAUCCUGAGAGAGAGAAGGGAGAAGAAGGAGAAGAAGGAGCUCCUCAAACAGGCGAAGCUAAAGGCGAUAGCGAAGGAGCAGGCGACGAAGAAGAAAAAGUUGGAGGAGGAGAUAUUAAGACUACUGCAGGAGGAGGAAGGGAAAAGAAGUGUUGUCGAAGAAGAAGCAGCAGCAGAGGAGGGGGAAGUAGAAGAAGAACCCCUUGAAAGGAGGCAUGGGGGAGAGAGAGGAGAAACUAGUGGCACGAAGGCAGAAGGCAAGUGGAUGGAGAAAAAAAUUAGCGAGUGGGUGGCUAACUUAUCGCUGGGUGAGGAUGAGGAGGCGAUGCCGUACGUGCCUCAAGAGGAGAAAGAAGCAUUCGCCAUGGAGCUGGAAGCUAAGGAGGACCCCCUGGAAUGCCAGACGAUGGAAGACGAGCAGAGAUUAGAGUGGAAGUUGCGUCUGGCAAGGGAAAAGAAGAGGAGGAGGGAGGAGGCCAACCGAAUGGCCAAAGAAGUGGAGAAGAUUCAGGCGUGUAGGCGGGAAGUACAAGCCCAAGAAGAAACCCCUGCCAAAUUAGAUAAGAUUUUGGGUCAUCUUGAGAUUGUGAGUCAGGCCUGGCUUGAGGAACAUCAGGCCAAUAAGGGUCAGGAAGUGACCCUCCACUCCAUCCGGACCGACUUUAGAGAGUUUGCGUGCGACGUGGUGACCCACGUCAGGAUCAAGGUCAAGAGAUUGAAGGAAGGCGCAGAGAAGUUCUGCGCAGGCGCCAAAGUAGUGGUCGAAGAUGAAGUGCGUCCCCGCAAAGAGCCCGUCAAGCUCAAAUUUCUUGACUCGUAUAGCGGGACAAAGGACGAUAGUUUUGAUAACUGGGAGGCCAGCAUCAAUACAUAUGUGUAUCUACAACAUAUCGCCCCCGAGGAACAAGUCCUCGUAGCCUUCCAUGCAUUGAAGGAUGACGCGGCCAGUUUUGCCAGGUCCCUUGCGCGCACAACCGAUUGUGAAAACAAUAUGGUUGCAUACUCUAGGCUCACCCCUCUUUUCACUUUCCUCAAACUCCUGCGAGAGAGGUUCGCUGACGUCACAAGGGGCGUCAGGGCCUCUGAUAUGCUUCAGACCAUCCACUCACGAUAGUGGAGGAGUGCGCGAGCACUCAAAGCUGUCAUGGACGACUUGGUAGCCGUCCCAGACCACGGG